ACAGUUUCAUUUCUCUCUCUCUCCCAGAGGACCAAAGAAGCAUCGAAUUUCGACCUCGCGGCUUCCACCAAGACACCAUCACCAUGUCUCUUGACUAUCUCCCCGCCGUCAAGCCCUCGGCCAUCGCCCUCGGCACCGCCUUCAACCAGGCGGCCGAGCUCGCCGUGAUGGCGCCGCUCUUCGGCCAGACCUACCAGCGCGCCAAGACGGCCAACACCAAGGAGGAGUUCAUCCGGUCGCGGGAAGCCACCGGCGCCGCCGUCGCGUGGGGCACCGCGUUCCUCGGCUCCGCCCUGCAGUCAUACGGCGUCGGCGCCCUCAUCAACGCCACCGGCACGCUCAGCUACAGGGGCGCCGCAUACCUGGGCGGACUGAUCUUCGCUGCCACCAGUGCGCCUACAUUCAUCAGCCAGCUAUUCGUCGAGAAGCGGGCGCUGGAGACGGUGGGCGUCAACAUCCUGGCAAAGCUGUUCGAGACUGUCGGGCUGUCCGUCUUCAUGACCUGGUGGGGAACGCGCACCAACCCGUAUGAGCACACCGGUGCUGGCGGCACGCCCCUGAGCCGGAGCGCCUUCCGGUCCGAGUAAGCGGCGAGGUUGGGUGGCUGUUUGCAUGCAUCGAGCGUGCCCGAUAGAGUGACCUCGGGACAGAAUGGGUGAUGGAUUUAUGCUUUUUCUUAAGCUGUAAUCGUAUGAUGGAGUUAACAUUUUUUGGAAUCUGAGACGACGGAGUUGCUUUCUGGUUAACUCACCGUGCGAUGUGCCGUCGCGACAAGCUGUCAUUCCUAAAGGAGGGGCUGAAAUAAAAUUAAAUGGAAUUACCGUGGGUGGCUAACAGAGGCCAUUGGGACAAGACAAACUUUUUCGUGUUUUCACUAUUUACAUGCAAGAGUCCCCUC